CCGGAAAUGGUUACAGAUUCGUUCUUGAAUUGGAUUCUAUGGCACAGCUUGGUCAAAUCUUCAUCAGGAUUCAAGGAGGAUUCGUACAAGAUUUGUUUGACUAUGCUCGUGUCAUUCUUUUGUCCGAUUGGAAGACUUGAAGAUCACGAAGAUAUGCAUACAUUCACAGUUCACUUUUGGAUUCAUCUGGACAUUCUUCAGCCUAAGAAUGAGAAAAUCGGUCUUACUUUGUCUCUGCAUCGCCAUGUGCCUGGCUGCCUACGUGGAGGCGGGUGGCAGAGGGGGAGGAGGUGGCGGUGGUGGAUACGGUGGUGGUGGUGGAGGUAGUGGGGGUGGCGGAGGAGGUUGGGGACGAGGAGGUGGAGGGGGAGGAGGAAAAGCUGGCGGCGGCGGCGGAGGAUACGGUGGGGGUGGCUCAGGAAAAGGCGGCGGCGGCGGCGGCGGCGGAAAAGCGGGAGGCGGCGGCGGAUAUGGGGGUGGCGGCUCAGGAAAAGGCGGCGGCGGCGGAAAAGCGGGAGGCGGCGGCGGAUAUGGAGGGGGCGGCUCAGGGGGCGGAAAGUCGGGCGGUGGGGGUGGCGGGUAUGGUGGGGGUGGCUCAGGAAAAGGCGGCGGCGGCGGCGGAAAAGCGGGAGGCGGCGGCGGAUAUGGUGGGGGUGGCUCCGGAGGCGGCGGUGGAGGGUGGGGCCGCGGUUAA